CUUCUUUUUCAGAGACAGUAAUAAUACCAGGUGAAAAUACAUCAACACAGACUGGCAAUAGCAGCCCACUGGAGCUCAGCGUGAAACUUCCAGAGUUGAGUGAUCUUCCAACAAUCUGUAAUCCGUGGGAAACUGUUGAACUUCCUGUUGAUAUUCUUUUAUUAACAGUGGAAGACUGUGAGUUCUUAAGCUGCUUUGCUUACCUGAAGAAGCCCUUUAAGAGUUACCACAUUAGUACUGGCUAUGUGUACUUUGGGUGCAUGGGUGAUGAUCAAGGAAAGAAAAUGAAAAUCGCAUUGAUGAGGUGCUCCAAAGGUCCUGAUGUUCCUGGGGGUUCUUUGUCUGUUUCAAAAGAUGCCAUUGUGCUACUGAGACCCAAGGCUAUUUUUUCUGUUGGUGCCUGCAGUGGUUUGAACAGCAAAAAGGUCAAGUUAGGAGAUGUGGUUGUUUCAGCAAAGCUUAUAACAGCUGAACACAAAACUACCUCCAGCAGAGAUAUUGGUAACCUAAUCAAACAUGUGGCUGAUGGCUGGAAGGCACCUUUACAAAAUGCUGAUGAAUAUAAUGCCAAAGUGCACUGUGAUGGAGUGGUUCUGAGUAUCUCAGAGGCAAACAGAGAUAUGAUUAGGAAACAUCCUGAAGCAAUUGCAGUUGAAAUGGAAGGUGGAGGUGAGAAUCAUAAUAAUUGAAAUAAUUGAUGAGCCAAGAACUUUUGCACUUGAAGGAAGUGUUUUGAAAAACACUGCUCUGGUAUUGUCUCUGCUGGUCCAAGAAAUUGUGUGUACCAUAUAGCAUGCCAAAUUUUGCAGGAAUUAUAUACAGGAAGUAUAUAUAUACUGUAUAUUAUUGCAUAAUAGUAGUGAUUUUGUGUUUGGCUGGGGUAGGAAGAUUUUUGCUGGUGAAGGUGACUGAAUACUUCUUCUGGCUAAAUUGAGUGUGCUCCUUCAGGAUGUCAUAAAUUGUCUUACAUUUGUCAUCUGAAAAAUGUAGAAAGUAUUUUGUUGAGUAGUUUGAGAGUUGAGGAAUAGUAUCACAGUCCCUGUUAACCUUUAAACUCCCAAGAGUGACCAAGACAGAAUUUCUCCUUACAGUAUCAACAUGAUACCAAGCAGAUAAGUAAUGGGAAAAGAAAAAAGUCAAUUAGGGGAUUAGUGGUUGAUCCAAAACCAAACUCUCCUAACUAACAUCAUGUAUAACAACCCUUUAACUCCCAAGAUCUCAUUGGUAAUUCUCCUUACUGUCUGUGAAAUGAUUCUCAUUAUGUUAGUUUGGAGAAUUUGUUAUCGGAUCAGUAAUCCCAUAAUUUACAUUUUUCUUUAUUCUCAUCACUUGUCUGCAUGAUAUUGUAUGGAUAAAGUGAGGAAAAAUUCUUACUUGGUCACUCACGGGAGUUAAAAGGUUAAAGAGAAUUUUUACCAAUGAGAUCUUAAAAGUGAAAGGAUUAACUCUAUCUGACAGAAGUUUGUCUUUUGAGAAAUGUUGAAAGUUACUCAUGGAACAAGGUGAAACCUGAAGAAUAAUUUUACAGUCCCAGUGUAAAAUUAUUUUCUAAUCGAAAAAAAUCAGAUUUCGAAAUUAACUAAGUAAACGUCUUUUUGCGUUGUGCAUUUUUACAAACAGCUAGAGUGUGAAUGUUUGUGAGCUUUGAUUGGACAAUUAUACUAAGGAUGCUAAGAAAAUAAGCUUAAUAUACAGUGAACAGACAUGAGUAGUAUUUUUUUCAGGAGUGUAUGCAGCAGCUCACGAUUUUAAGACAGAAUGGGUGGUCGUAAAGGGCAUCAAAGACUUUGCGAAUGAAAUGCAGUCUUCAAGUAAGAAAUGGAAACAAAUUGCCUGUGUGAUGGCAGCAUCUGUUGUGGCCAACAUUUUGAAUGCUCCAGUUAUAUUCCAAGAUUGGCCUCACUUUAAUGCAGGUAUUGCUUCCUGUCUCAAUCUCCUCUUUUUACAAGGAUAGGUCUGACGUAGAUCUAAGUUCCCACAGUAUAUUUUUGUAUGGAUUACAAAUCAACAUGAUUUAUUCAGUAAUAGUUCACAAAUAGGAAAUUAAGUUACCCUUAUUUUGAGUUUACAUACCUGUAGGUUUAACAAGGCCUCUUAAGGUGGUGGGAGAAAAAACGUGUGGCUAAAUUGAGUGAUGUGAUGAUGAAUAACAAUUCACUCCAUGAGCCACGUGAAAUGGCUGGUAUUCUAUAGUUAGCAUGGUUUAUGUAACACAACCAAAAUGAGGAAAAUUCAGAGGCUAAUGACAUCCACCAAAGUAAUUUGAGUGAUUUGAUAUAUGUUCUUGGACCACUAAGCAACACAGAGACUCUAUGGUGAGCUGGGCCCCUUACCGAGUUUAUAUAUGACACGCGUCCUGCAUGCUGUUAGGAUCAGCAGUGUUGAUAGCAGCAUGUUUUUAAAUAGUAUAAGAAAGAAGGUAAAUUUUGAGCUCGGUAAAAGAAAUAGAGAAAUGUUUUUCGUCUUGUCACGAACGUGGAAAAAAGAUAAAAGAUAACAGAAACAAAAUAGAAAGAAAAAAAACUCCAGAUAGUUACCAAAAAGAGAUCGUGAUCUUGAGAGAGGAGGGGUUUAUAAAUGUUAUGUAAAAAAACAAACAAACAACAGUCAGACUUUGCUGCAGGAAAACUAACGUGGUUUUUCACUCUCAGCUAGCACAUGGAACAUUAAAAAAGAUCUUAAUCAGCUGAGAUGUGAAGUAGGAAAUAUUGUGAAAAAAAUGGAUACGAUGAUGGCUCGACAACAGGAAACAAAGGAUCGAGGUAAGUUUAGGAUGAAACUCCAUCUAUCUCGCUUAAUCUCUGAUCAAAAAAUAAAUUAUGUUUUGGCAUGAGAUUUAUCAAUCUUUAACACAUAUUUUGUUAGCUUUUAACGCUUGUUUGGGCGUUAGUUGUACCUGAGAAGACAUUUAAUCCUUUUAAAGAGGAUUUAGACCCAAUUUCGGAGGGAAGUUCUAACUUACGAAACCGUAAAAAUGUUGUUACCCUCAGAUAAAGUGACGAAUGACUUUGACUGGAUGAGAACUGAAGUUGGAAAUCUACGUGAUAAGCUGGACACUUUAAUGGCACGACAACAUGAAGCACAAGAUCAUGGUGAAUUCUUAAUGCCAUAUAUUACGUCACUUUUACAAUUAAAAUUAACCUUUUAAAAUUGAGAAGUAUGGGAGAUGCUGUAAAAUUUUCUAACCUAUCAACUGUCAAAGCGCAGUGAGGUGCAUAUUGGUGUAUGCGGUUUGAUUAUUGUAAUGGUUAAUUAAAAUGUACCAAACCCCCCCUAAAAAAAGAAAAACAACAGCAAGAAACAAUAAAAACGAAAAAAAAGUAUUAAUGGUACUAAUACUCCCAAAUAAAUUAAAAGGAAUGAAUGAAGGUUAUUUGGUUUUCCAUUGUUGGUUGUUUCAUAUACGCAUGAAAUACGAAUAAAAAACUUGUUUCAGCUAAUUCUUUUAAAGUAAAGGGAAAAAGAAACCUGGACUUAUUUCAGACAAAUAUGUGCUUUGAAAUUUAGAAAAAAUGACAAAUGACAUUGAUCAGAUGAGAAGUGAAAUUGGAAACAUACAAGACAAGUUGUCAAGUUUAAUGAUGGCCCGACAAGAGGAAACACAGCAUCAAGGUUAGUCCCUACAGCAGCUAUGAAUUCAAGGGUGAUUCAUCUAUUGAAAUGCGGAGUUUCGGGAGAGUUAAUAUUAAGAGGGUGUUCACCGUAAGAAUGAUGCAUUUUUUGAGUGAACAACGUGAAAACAGUUUAAACCUAUAUAACCUCGUAGAACGAAACAUAAAGGCCCGGUCAUUUACACAAAGUUUGGCCGUUGUUUAAUAAAACCACAUCCUAAACCAUCUUCAAUUUAGCCGAACCUUUUGUCUGAAAAGUCAUUUUUGUGAAAAGUGUCAAGAGAGCCUAAAGCUAACUGCGGAAGGACAUUUAUUUACUUAAAUCAACCCUCUUCUAGGGAAUGCCUAAGGCUCAUUGUGUAAAACCGUGGUUUGGGUUAGACCUCGUUUAAAUAACCGACUCAAAGUUUGUGAACUAACGUGACUCACACUGCAAAUAAUGAAUUAGCCAAAUAUACUGACACAAUUUGGCAAACGAUAGCACGGAAAUUACGAACAAUACAGUAAAGAGGUACUGUUUGUUUUCAAUACACAGUUUAGACAAAAACUUGAAAGAAAAGUCUAAAGAUGGGCAAUGAAUAAUGCUUAAUUUUCAUUGAAAGUAGACUUGUGUCUUUUGCGUGCAAAAAGGUGCUCCUUAGAAGGAUUUGCCAUAAGACCUCUCAUCGCCGUUCGUGUAACCGGCGAGGCUGUCGUGUUUGGGUUUUGCCUUACAGCUCUUUUCCGGGCACAGCCGCCUAUAAGACCAUCGUCACCCGGUUAUGGAAAUAGUUACUUAAACCUCUGCCAAAACCAUUUGACAUGUUGCACAACAGAGCUGGGAAUUACUCUCGCUCAUUAGCAAUGACAUUAAGUUAUUUUUUAAAAGUUUAUUGUUUUUCAUACGCGAUCUAUUUUAAAUGGAGUGGGUAUCAGUUGAGGCUUCUAUUCCGCUAAUAAUAUUGAAAUGUUCAUCCUUAGGGGACGUCAAAAAUUACCUUGAUCGAAUCAAAAUUGAUUUUGGAAACAUGAGUUACAGGUUGGACGAUUUGGUAGCACAACAAAGAGAAACAAAGCAGCAAGGUGCGUACUACGCUAACUAACUAACAAUUGGAUUUUGAGGGCGAAGUUUAGUCAACUAUCACGCAUGAAACUGAGAGCGAAAAAUCCAAUAUUUUAAUUUAAUCUAAAAGUCAUUCAAGACUGGGAAGAAAGGCAGGCUCGUGUUUUUAUCGAAUAUUAAUACAAAUGUGCCAUCCCCUGUGCUGUUUACAUUCCUUUCUAUCUGUCACGGAAUAAAUAGUGAGUAGCUAAGCCAAUCAGAUUGCAGCAUGUGCGAUCGAACGUAUAUUUACACUAAACCCUAAUAAUAUCAGUGCUUGAGGAGAAUAAUAAAAAAAAUAGUUUGAAAUAUUGGGGUAGGAAUCAGUUACAGCAAUUGUUAUUUCAUCACAAAUUGAAUCAGAUGCCUCCAUAGGAAAGAAUAACCCUUCAUAUUUUGCCUCACAUCCAACGUGUGGCUUCGUAGCUCAGUUGUUAGCAGCACGGUAUCUCAUGAGGAGCUUUGGCCCCGAAAAGAAUUCGCAGCCUGCAUUCUAUAGAGGCGCUAUCAUUUCUGUCAUCAAUGUAGAGAAUUACUUUAACGCUUGCAGUCGGUAGGUGUCUAUGGGGUUAUUUAAACCUGUUGAUUUUAACUUAAAGGCUCAUCUGAUAAUUAAUACUUCAUCUAAGCGCGAAUUUCAAUUACAAAAACGCAACAAAUCUUAGACCGGAAUCACCUGGCGCGAUCCUAUCAUGGAGGCCAAAGUCUUCCAUUGAUCGGCUGAGCUUUCUAGAGUUACGGAAUACAAUCUCGACCAUAUGUGCUAACGAAAAGUUAAUGUGGAAUUAAGCCAAAUGCAAAGAACGAAAUCUUUCGUCGAUUCCCCGAUGACUGCAAUACGUUCUGUCCCGCCAGCAGUUCUCAGCCGCGCCAACAAAAGCUGUUCGUUUAAUACCAUGUCACCAAACAUGUUGUAUGUUCAUUUGGUCUCUGUGCCGGACUAAUUAUACAGCGAGAAUUUCCUGCAGAUGCAUUCGUGAGGAUGUAAUGUUGGAAACUGUACGAUACGUCAAUUAUUCUUAAUUUGAUUGACAUUUAUAAGUGAUUUCGUUUAACAAACAACAUGUAUGCAGUACUUAUUUUAUCGCCCCUUAUUUGGCAUUGUUCCACUUGCUAACAGCGGAACAUUCAGUGCGUGUUUUUUCGAAUAAGUCGAGAGUUGUGAAUGGGAGUUAACCAAAGCGUUGAAAUAGAAUCGUUAAAUCAAGUGAAUAAACCAUGACUUUAUAGGGAAGCGUGGUACAGCCUUUUCACGUUUUCGACAAUAAUCCUGUUAUAUCAAAUUGCUCUCGACCGUGCACUUUAGGCGGGAAAUACCUCUAGUCGAAUAAUCAUGGGGAAUUGCAGAGAUGUCAGUCAAGAAUGGCCGAGCUUAACAACGACAUUCGCGUACUAGUAAAGGAUAAUGAUUAUUUAAGUUAACGGUGGAUGCCUCAACUUUCAGUCAAAAGAAAGAGUCCGACAAAGAACAGCCUCCUGAUAUUUAUUAGCGUGAAUUCAAUUUUUUCGUUUCCUAUCUGAGGGUUAAUUUUUAAUAUCUCCUAUACCCUAAGGGUAUAAGGGUUACUUUUAAUCUCUUCUAUACCCUAUUGGGUAGUGUAUACCUGAGGGUUACUUUUAAUCUCUUCUAUACCCUCCUGGGUAGUGUAUAUCUAAGGGUUACUUUUAAUCUCUUCUAUACCCUCUUGGGUAGUGUAUACCUGAGGGUUACUUUUAAUCUCUUCUAUACCCUCCUGGGUAGUGUAUACUUGAGGGUCACUUUUAAUCUCUUCUAUACCCUCUUGGGUAGUGUAUAUCUAAGGGUUACUUUAAAUCUCUUCCAUACCCUCUUGGGUAGUGUAUAUCUGAGGGUUACUUUUAAUCCUUUCUAUACCCUCUUGGGUAGUGUAUACCUGAGGGUUACUUUUAAUCUCUUCUAUACCCUCCUGGGAAGUGUAUAUCUAAGGGUUACGUUUAAUCUCUUCCAAACCCUCUUGGGUAGUGUAUAUCUGAGGGUUACUUUUAAUCCUUUCUAUACCCUCUUGGGUAGUGUAUACCUGAGGGUUACUUUUAAUCUCUUCUAUACCCUCCUGGGAAGUGUAUAUCUAAGGGUUACGUUUAAUCUCUUCCAAACCCUCUUGGGUAGUGUAUAUCUGAGGGUUACUUUUAAUCCUUUCUAUACCCUCUUGAGUAGUGUAUAUCUUAGGGUUACUUUUAAUCUUUUCUAUACCCUCUUGGGUAGUGUAUACGUGAGGGUUACUUUUAAUCUCUUCUAUACCCUCCUGGGUAGUGUAUACCUGAGGGUUACUUUUAAUCUCUUCUAUACCCUCUUGUGUAGUGUAUACCUAAGUGUUAAUUUUAAUCUCUUCUAUACCCUCUUUGGUAGUGUAUACCUGAGAGUUACACGGCAGUCACGAUAUUCAUAUUCGUAGAUGUGGAUUUGCUUACAACAAACUAAAAUGCACCAACGUUACUUUAGAGAACCGUGAAGCCUAGAUUCUCCCCUGUUAUAGUCAAUUAUGGUAAGCAUGUAGACGGAACAGGUAGACCAUCAGUUGAAAGGGAUGUGUAUUCUCUGGAUUAUCUAAUCAUCACAGUUUCUGGUCUUUAAAAGUUCAAAACCGUUACCUGUAUUAAGAAGGUUUGUCUGAGUUAGCCUUAAAUAGGCCUAGGCCUUACAUCAUGGCGGUAAAAUCAGCUUUACCAGUGCCGCUUUUAAGGCAAUUUUGAGUUUCUUCUUUUUACGUGUUUUAAUUUGUUCCUGUUAUAUGUUGCUCUAACAUUUGGCCAGGACUAUUUGUGGACCUUGUGUUAACGAUUUACCGUUGUCUUCUUUAAGACAUACAUUGUUUCUACAAAGAAAAUAAGCUUAGCGUACCACCCCUUAGGUUAUUUCGAAUUAGAUCCGUUAAGUUUCUUCGAGGAAUUUCCCAGGACUCUUGUUUCUGGACAAUGUGCGAACAAAGUAGUGUUGCAUCUGCAAAAUGAUUAGAAAUGUAAUUAUGGGAAGCUGCAGUUUUUUCCAUUUCAAUCGGAAGCACAGGUUCGAAUUUCAUCGAAGCCUGAACCUUUCACAGGUUUCUUCCUGUAACUUUUAAAAUUAUCGCUUACCUGUGGGUAUCAUGGCUUUAUUUAUGACAGAAUGGUAAUAAAUAACAGUCACUGGCAUUGUAGAGGAUCCAAGCCUCAAACUUUUGGAUUUCGCGACUGAAUAUACUUCAAUUUUACCAACUGAGCCAAAGAGGCAAGUUGGAGAAUUAUCUCAUCUGCCAGGCUGAUUUUUUGACCAACAUCUUGCAUAUAGUUAACAUGACGCCGGGAAAGGAAGCGGGCUGAUAAAUUUUUAGGAUUUUUCGCACAGACUUUGUAAAGAUCUCUCACAUAGCUCCGUUUCGCCCUGAUAACUUCCUUAUCAGUUUUAAAAUCAGAAAUUAUCAUAUGACACUUGAUAAUUAGUAUUUAUGUAAACGAUUUACCAAAUGUUUGUUAAAAUUGUUCAACUGCUUGCUACUUGGAUGACUAAGCUCUUAUUGUCUUUUACCGUGAACGACUCUGCUUGGAUCACUCAAAGUGUUAAUUCCGACUUACAACUGAUUCGCAAUUCAGUGGUUUUUCGACAAUUGUUUAAUGCUUAAUCCAGAUAGGACGAAACUAAUGGUUUUUGGCAGCCGAGGAAUGUCUUCGAAAUUACUGGACUUUUAUCCCCCUCAGGAAAAGACAUUCACCCGGCUCAAUCAGUCAAAGACCUUGGAGUAAUUUCUGAUCCCACGAUAUCUUUUGAUAACCAUAUUUGUACUGUAUCGUCUUGCUUGUGGAAAUUAUCUGAAAUAAGCUGUAUUAAAUUCGUUUUCGAUAAACAACUGCUUGAAACCAUAAUAAACGCGCUUUUUUCAGUAAACUAUAUUACUGUUCAUCAGUAUGGUCAUCUACCUCAGCCUGUAAUAUUCGUAAAUUGCUAUAUGUUCAAAACUUUACCGCGCGAAUUAUCUGCAACGUAAAGAAGUAUAACCAUAUCUCUCCUGUAUUAAGAACCUUAGGUUGGCUCCCUUUAAGAACACAAUUGUAUUGCCGAGAUGCUACUUUAACAUUUAAAUGUAUGACGGAUCAAGCCCCGGAAUACUUAACAUCUAUGUAUAUAACAAGAGGCAGCGUAUCUGGACGUAUAACCAGAAACUUUCAACGACGAAACAUUCCCCUUUUCAAAACUGCAACAGGACAGAAAACGUGUCAUUAUAAAAGUGUAUCAACCUGGAACAAGUUAGAUCCAAGCCUUAAAUUAUGUAAGAGUCCCGCUUCCUUUAAGAGAGCUCUAAAAAUCACCUUUUGAAUGAAUUUUUAAACUGACCAUAUUUUAUUUAAAGAUAUAUAAUUCGUAUUAUAUUGUGCGUCAUAUCAAACUCGUGGGGUAAAAAUAGUCUUAACACAAAUGUAGUGACCACGCUCACUUCAACACCCCACUCAAAUCGAGUGCAAUUUUCGAAUGUUUUACCAUCGUGCGGAUUCUCUACGGAAAAAGCACUCAAUGUACCUCUGAAAUAUUAAACUAUAAUAUUGUGGCUUUCUUUUUCGCUAAUUUCCUUACUUGAAGGUAACGUUUUUCCCUCGUCAUUUUUACUUUUUCUCCGAGCGGUUGCGUGAAAUUAACAAGCGUUUUUGAUCAAAACACGACCGAGCGAAGGGUCUCGGGCGAUAACUCUUUUACUCAGGCGCAAAUUAAAAAUGUACCGCCAGAAUCAAAAAGAGGAACAAAUUUCCUUUGUUUUGAUAUGUAAAGUGUCGAACAAAAAGCAGAUUUACCCUCGUCAAAUGGCGUUUCAAAACAGCUGUAUCUUCCUCCUUUUGAUUUUUUCCUGUUUUGUAAGUGUAAAAGCAGUAGGAGAGGGAUCAGGAAACUCAGAAAGCGCUUCGGGAAUUAAUCUGCCAUCGUUUACUUACAAGAUAAACAAGAAAGAUUUGUGAAGUUCGUUGAAAUAUGAAGUCUAAAUAAAUGCCUUUUUUAAGCAUGUUUGCUGGAUUUUUCGUAAACUUCCCUGAUUAAUUUUUCGUUUCAGCUUACUAAUCUAUACUAUUUCAAAGCAAUGUAAAUACGAAGACGGAGAACCAUGAGUCGAUCCUUUCAACAGUCGUAAACAAAGUGUUUGAGCAAUCAGCUUUACGAGGUGUAAUAAUCAAUAGCCGCAUAUCAGAAGUCUUCAGAAAGAAAGUAGAAGGCAGCGAUGAAGUGAUCUUUUGCUCAUACAGGUUUGAAUAGCUUAAACCCUCUAAACUCAAAUGUGAAAUAACAGAAACCAAUUUUUUUUAAAAAAAGUUCCUCAUUAACACGUUGACCGAACGCUAAUCAAUAUGAUAUUCGGUACGGUGUGUUCACCUUUUUCGUCACGAUACAGAAUUAUUUGUCAGAAUUUAGCCGUUUAAAAUGUUUAGAAAAUCAAUUUGUGUGUUCUUAAUGCUCUACCCUGCUAUCUUUUCUUUUUAAAAUUGUUGAAAUCUAAGAUUUAUGCAUAAUUCUAAUGUCACGUUAGCAAAAUCACCAAAAGUUUGAAGUCACUAAGACGAAGAAAAUGAAUAAGUGAAAGAUGUUUUUACAUUUCUAUAAUUUCGAACAUCUUAUCAGAAGAAAUCCACAGCAGUUUUCUAUGGUCUGGUCUGAACUUGAGAAAUAUCACCCAAGAAAGGAAGAGUACUUUUAACCAAUUUAAAAAAAAAACGGCUAAGGAGUGUUUUUAAAUAAAUUAUGGUUAACCUCUGAAUGAACACAUCAAAAUUGAAUGCCUUCUAAACCCCUUAUAUAUCACAAAAUUUAGGAGCACAAACGAUUUCUUGCUGCAUGCGGUGUGUUACGAGGAGGCUGCUUUUUGCAGCUCUGACUAUUGAGAGCUCUCAAAAACUUUUUUUAACGUAUUUCCAGAAACCAACGUGGUUUUAUUUACUUACUACCAAAGAUAAUUUAAUGGGUAAAGUUUGAGGCAAAACUUUUCUCUGAUGUGAAAGGCCUUGGACCACUCUUACAGAGAUCGCCACUUAAUUGAUACACAGUAGCAUAAGAGAUUGACUUAAUAACCCAUUACAUGCAGCGGAUAUUGAUCAUGUCGAGUUCAGAGUCUGCCUAGUUUCCGAGCCCCUCGACCGUGUAGUGUUCUCAAAAUUUUGCACCCUCAGAGAGAAAUGUUUUAUUUUGCAGUUGUUUUCAAAAUGAAAAAAAUAUCUGUUUGAUUCCGGUUUUUUUUUUCAUGUUAUUAUGAAUUAUCAAACUUCGUGUCAAUAACAUCUGUUUCAGCCUUCGGCUUCGUCAGAUAACUCAGACCUAAGUGGUGAUAUUUCACGAUAUCAUUCUCAGUGUCAUCGUAUAAUUGCUUAUUUUUCCGAGAGUCAUGGCGUCAUAUAGCGUGUCGGUAAGAAUGCCUCAGAAAACUAACAACUGAUUCUUUUUCAGAUGGAUUUGACCCAACUGGAAUUAUUGAUAAUAUUCGUCAACUCUACAAAAAUCGGGAAGGUUGGCUGGCACCGUUUCCCUGGUGUGAAGAUUUUCACUUUUCCUUUGACGACAUCUACACCAGACUUAAAGUAAUCUGCAGAAAGAAAACGAAAGGAACACCAACAGACCGAGUUGUCACGAUGUCUGAAAUCUUCAACCAGCACGAAGAAUGUGAAGAACCAAGAGUAGUGUUAAUUGAAGGGAAGCCUGGUAUGGGAAAGACCACUUACUGUAAAAAAGUUGUUUUCGACUGGGCCUCAGGAAAACACGCAACCGGAAAUUGCUUCGCAAACAUCGUAAUAGUGCUUUUGAUCAAAUGUCGUGAUGUUGAGUCUGGCCUUUGGGAGGCCAUUGAAGAUCAACUUCUGCCUCGAGAAGUUGGUGAAGACCAACGUGAGAGAUUCUUCGACUUCAUUCGCCACAAUCAAUCUAAUGUUCUUCUGGUACUCGAUGGAUUGGAUGAAGUUUCCGAGAAGAAGCUACCUAUGUUUUCAGAAAUUAUUCAAGGCCGUGUAUUGCCAAACUGUCGCGUGGUUGCUACGGCACGACACGAAGCUGGAGUCAAAGUUCGAAAAUACUGCAACACGCUGUUAGAAGUUGAGGGAUUUACUGAAGAAGAUGUACAAUCCUUCAUCAGAAAGUACUUCAAAGCCGAACCAAACUUGGCCAAGCAGCUUACCGCACACCUGUAUAUUGAUCGCAAGUUAUAUGAAAUAUUGACGAAUCCUCUCAACACUGCGCUUCUUUGCCUGGUUUAUGAAGAUUUGAAAGGUAUAUUUCCUGAGAGCAGAACGAAGCUGUACAUGGAAAUAGUGGAGUGUGUACUAAGAAGGUACAGAACAAAGCAGCAACUACCAGAAAACGGUGAAGACCUUGUUGACCUUUACGAAAGCCAAUUGAAACACCUUGGUUCGAUAGCUUUGAAAGAUUUACUUGAAGACAACUUGGAUUUUGACGAGAAGGAGCUUGGAAAACACAAAGCAAGCGAUUUACCUGGAUUUGGAUUUCUGUCAGUUCAGCCUGGAGGCAGUAAACUAAGACCAACUAGACGUUAUAGCUUUCUCCACAAGACUUUCCAAGAAUUCUUCGCAGCGUUCUAUCUCAGUUGUCAGCUUAUCCAGAAAGAAAUCAGUACGAACAGCAUAGCUGCUGACAAAAAAUAUCGCCAUCAACUUAAAGAAGUGCUUCUGUUUACAUUUGGUAUGCUAGCAGCACGAUGCGAGGAAACAGUGGUGAACCUUCUGAAAAGCAUAGCAACACAGUUAAACCAGGAAGAAGAGAAAGAAGUGGACUUUAUAUUAGAAUGUGUUAAUGAAUGCAAAAAGAAGAACAAAAAUGUUGAUGAAAAAUUGGCUACCACUCUUGGCGCUUCUCUUCAAACUGAAACUGUUGAAGUUUCAAGGGUAGAUGAAACUCUAGCUGUCUUUUUAAGCAACUUUCUGAAAACAAAUACAACUGUGACAAACUUAACAUUGAGGAAAUCUUUGCAAGGUGGGGUUGCCGCUCUGGCAGAGUGUUUGAAAAAUAACAAAACGCUGACAAUGUUGGACUUGAAAUUUACUAAAAUUGGUGAUGAUGGUGCUGCUGCUCUGGGUGAGUGUUUGAAAUAUAACAAAUCGCUGACAACGCUGAAUUUGUUUAGCAAUAAAAUUGGUGAUGAUGGUGCUGCUGCUCUGGGUGAGUGUUUGAAAUAUAACAAAUCGCUGACAACGUUGAAUUUGAUUGAUAAUGAAAUUGGUGAUGAUGGUGCUGCUGCUCUGGGUGAGUGUUUGAAAAAUAACAAAACGCUGACAAUGUUGGACUUGAAAUUUACUAAAAUUGGUGAUGAUGGUGCUGCUGCUCUGGGUGAGUGUUUGAAAUAUAACAAAUCGCUGACAACGCUGAAUUUGUUUAGCAAUAAAAUUGGUGAUGAUGGUGCUGCUGCUCUGGGUGAGUGUUUGAAAUAUAACAAAUCGCUGACAACGUUGAAUUUGAUUGAUAAUGAAAUUGGUGAUGAUGGUGCUGCUGCUCUGGGUGAGUGUUUGAAAUAUAACAAAUCGCUAACAACGUUGGAUUUGAGUGAUAAUGAAAUUGGUGAUGAUGGUGCUGCUGCUCUGGGUGAGUGUUUGAAAUAUAACAAAUCGCUGACAACGUUGGAUUUGAGUUAUAAUACAAUUGGUGAUGAUGGUGCUGCUGCUCUGGGUGAGUGUUUGAAAUAUAACAAAUCGCUAACAACGUUGGAUUUGAGUGAUUAUGAAAUUGGCGAUGAUGGUGCUGCUGCUCUAGGUGAGUGUUUGAAAAAUAACAAAACGCUGACAAUGUUGGACUUGAAAUUUACUAAAAUUGGUGAUGAUGGUGCUGCUGCUCUGGGUGAGUGUUUGAAAUAUAACAAAUCGCUGACAACGCUGGAUUUGUUUAGCAAUAAAAUUGGUGAUGAUGGUGCUGCUGCUCUGGGUGAGUGUUUGAAAUAUAACAAAUCGCUGACAACGUUGAAUUUGAUUGAUAAUGAAAUUGGUGAUGAUGGUGCUGCUGUUCUGGGUGAGUGUUUGAAAUAUAACAAAUCGCUGACAACGCUGAAUUUGUUUAGCAAUAAAAUUGGUGAUGAUGGUGCUGCUGCUCUGGGUGAGUGUUUGAAAUAUAACAAAUCGCUGACAACGUUGAAUUUGAUUGAUAAUGAAAUUGGUGAUGAUGGUGCUGCUGCUCUGGGUGAGUGUUUGAAAUAUAACAAAUCGCUGACAACGUUGUAUUUGAGGUAUAAUAAAAUUGGUGAUGAUGGUGCUGCUGCACUGGGUGAGUGUUUGAAAUAUAAUACAUCGCUGACAAUGUUGAGUUUGUUGGAUAAUAAAAUUGGUGAUGAUGGUGCUGCUGCUCUGGGUGAGUGUUUGAAAAAUAACAAAUCGCUGACAACGUUGGAUUUGAGUGAUAAUGAAAUUGGUGAUGAUGGUGCUGCUGCUCUGGGUGAGUGUUUGAAAUAUAACAAAUCGCUGACAACGUUGGAUUUGAGUGAUAAUGAAAUUGGUGAUGAUGGUGCUGCUGCUCUGGGUGAGUGUUUGAAAUAUAACAAAUCGCUGACAACGUUGGAUUUGAAUCAUUAUAAAAUUGGUGAUGAUGGUGCUGCUGCUCUGGGUGAGUGA